UUACGCACAACACGAUUUAUGCUCUCAAGCCGUAUAGGGUGAACAUUACACUAAAACCACUUAUCGAGAGGGAAGAGAGAGAGAGGUAGAGAUGGAGACGACGAGUGAAAGGACAAUAUUAGGGAACUAUAAGUAUUAACACAGCACUGCCAUUGCUCAAUUUUUGUUUUUCACAGCACAUAUUUGCUUCAGUAGGUAAAAAAAACACAAGAAAUCGUGUGCUUCAAUGAGAAUGUUACGUUUGUUACAUGUUAAAUUUAAUUGUUGGCUAUUUUGUUUCGAACUUUAUCAAAUCCGCUUUAGACUUGAUUCGAGUAACGUUAAAGCAAAGCAAAACGUUAAUUUUGUUAAUUAUUAAACAAAAAGCGCGCGCGCCUACACAAACACACACACGCAGCUGAAGUAUUCACCAGCACUGAGAUAGCUUUAAACAAUAGAAAAAUCACAAUUAGAUGCGUUCCUGUGACACAAAAUGACAACACGUUCACGGUGUAGGUUGAGACUCUUUCUAGUUGACAAAGUGCACGCUUACACCUCCGCGUACAUAGCAAUUAUCGUUGUUUAGUGCAGCUGCAAAGCUUAAAAGGCGGGAACGAAACAAACGUAUGGCGGACGUGCGGCUUAUUAGUGCCGGCUUCUGAACCGCUGAUAGCUGUUUUUCCCUCCCUUUUUUGUUGUUGUUGUUGCUGCUUCCUCUAUCAUUUCCUCAAGUGGAGAAAGAUUUAAUUACGCAAACGCCCGCACUCAGUUGGUAUAAGUGGAUAAGGCUUUGUGUUUUGUGUUUAGGAGGGUUUAAAAUUCGAUUCGUUUCCUAUUCGAAGCUAUACGUAUUUUAUGUUUAAUGAUUUCUUUUUCUUUGUCUUGCUAAAAGACACAGCUUCUUUGUGUUGUAGUUAAAGCUGCAUUAUUGGGCAUUUACAUUUAUAUAAUAUAAAAAAGACAGUAGAGUAGAACAUACCCUUGUGUUUGCAUUCUAAGCGCGCAAUGUCUUUAUCGUAGUUUAAUCUUAUCGGUUAAAGCGGCUUCGGCUUCGGUUUACGCUUUUGUCGCUCGUUUGUUGAGCGUGUAUCCCCGGUGGUGCUAGAAAUCGGGAAACAAAUUUUCUUUUUUUCAUACGUAAAAACUUCCAUAAUAUCCAUCCAAUACAAAAAAGGGGCAUCUUUGUGUCCUUUGGAAAUGUGUGCCUUUAAUACAAAAUUCAUUCGAAGUGAAGCAGUAGGAAGAAGUGGUAAUGUUUCGUUCGUGUGCUUUAACAUCAACCUCUAGUUAGGUUUUUAGAAGAUAGAAAGACAAAAAGAAAGCGCAAUCGAAGUAAACGCAAUCGAAAACGCAUCAGUCCAGUGUCAUUGAUAGGCAAGUUGUUGAUAGUACUUGAGUUGAUAAGUAGAAGUAUUCAGGUGUAGUUUUAUAGGCGAAUCAAACUUAAACAUAACCGUCGAACGUAAUGUUUUGUGUGCGCACGUGUGUGUAAGGAGAACGUAGAACAAAACCAAAACCCGAAUCGUAAUAAAGCUAGUGUGCUCUUCCCUCUCAGUAGUAAUGCUGGCCGCGUAUGUUUUACUGUUCGAAUGAAAAUGUUGCAAACGAACUCGGUGCAAAAUGAUGAAAAUAUUGCGUGUGCGAAGAUCGUUCAGUGCUUCCAAGCCUAGUAGAAAGUCAGAAGAUGACACGGCCUCUACCUACUAUGAAGAUUAUGAUCCGUUCGAUUACAUCUACACUGGCGGUACGCAGUACUCCGAUCCGGUCUAUGAAGCCGUCGUUAAUCGUUCGCUUUCGGAUAAAACGGCCACCCCGCUAUCGCCACCGGGUUCACUGUACGGUGCGGUUGGUGUACUGCCGCCCGGUACACCGAGCGGUUCCCUGUCGGGCAGUUGUUCGUACGGUUGGGUAACGAGCCCUGUAGAAGCGUUCGCCGCUUCACCAGGAGUGACCGGUGCAGAUGGUGAACCGCCACCGCUUCCACCGCGCAACUCAACCGGUGGCUAUUGUCACACGAUGCUGCGUGGCGUCCCGGCUGGUCAACCGGACGAGCAGUCCAACUACGAGAUCAUGCAACGGAAGCUAGCGCCCGCUAGUGGCGUCGAGCGACGAACUACGCCGUACAAGCUGUACGAGAAUGUGGUGAUCGCAAAGAGUUACGAUAAGGAAUUGAUUGCUUUCUAUAAUAUGGUGAAACAGCUGCGAGCACAAUAUCGAAACGAUGAUCAGACGACAAACGUUGGACAUAUUGUUGCGGCUGAGUUUCAAAGUCGUUACGUGGAGGGUACAAGCAUCAAGUUGUUGGUGCAUCCUGCUCUCGAUUGCUUCGCUGGUGGUGAUCAUACUAAAGGACAAAUUGAUGGCUACGGACCACCGAUACCAUUUACCUGUGAUAUUACGACGACGGUGGAACAUGUGAUUGCCCAAGUGUACUGUGCGCUCGAGGGCCAGAUCCGCAACACGGUAAGCGAUUAUGCGCUGAAAGCGAUCGGCAUACAGGAAAUUCUGUGCGUACGCACGCGCCUGAAUCAGCUGCAGUGUGUGCACGAUAGCAUAAAGCUCGAACACGACGUACAGCUUGGUUUUAUACCGAAAACCGGACGCACGAUGAAAGUGAUUGCCCGCACGGCCCAGGACGAUAUGCGGGAAGCCGAGAUGCGGUUGGAGCAUCUGCUGCCGAAGGAAACGACGAAUGCGAUCGGGUACGAUGAUUUAAUGAUACUGCUGGAAACGCUCGAGGCGGAAAUAGACAAGCUGCAGUCAUCGGCAGACGAUGGUCCGUCCGGGCGUACCAUACUGACGUGUUCCGGUGUGAUACAGGCCGUUAAGGCUAUUUGCAAUCUGCUCGGACCGCUCGAUACGCUCGAGAUAGCGAAAUCGAUCGAAGAUUUGAAGACUUGCUGUGAUCAUGGACAGACCGUGUUUAGCUACAGGGACAGCGUGGUAGAGGAUCAAACGUACAGCAACGGUAGUUUGGCGAUCGUGUCGGAAAGUGGUGAUUACGCGGAGGUGAAGCUACGUCCACGUACGGUCGCGGAACAGAUCCGUUAUCGGUGUAACGAGGUACGCCACGCUAUACAGAGCUUGCUCGAGAUUUAUGCGCAAGCAUUUCGGGUGAACUUUAGCGUAAAUGUGCCCGAGUACAAUGCGAACCCGAUCUCGAUCUGCAACAUUUCGCAGGCGGUAAUGGUGAACGUGUCGUGUCUACAUCGGCCACCGAUACACUGGCGCCACGAUGAGUACAAUCUUGGCGUGCAAAUCUAUCACGGUGCACGGUACAUCAGUGAACCGUACGUGGUACAGUGUUCGAACGAACUGUCCGGCAUUUAUCCGCGCUUAACGUUCAACUCGUGGAUCAUGUUCCGCAAUCCGGUGUGUACGUUGCCACGGGAGGCACGCCUGGUGUUGGUACUGUACGGGUGUACCCGGGAACCGGUGGAGGGUGGAAAUGAUGCAGGAUCUUCUAACGGAGCAGGAGCAACUGCUGGAGUGAACGAUUCCGGUGGUCCGGAAGGGCGCAUGACGAAGAUUGAGCUGGGAUGGGGUUCGCUGCAGUUUUUCGACUUCGAGCGCAAAAUGGUACAGGGUUCUUACCUCCUGCCGAUGUGGCCCCCAACGACGGAUAAAUUCUUUGGACCGGCACCGUCUAAAGGGACGUACCCGAUUGGAGGCAGUUAUCCAAUACUUGGCAUCGAGAUACCGAGCUACGGUGGUGCGGUGGUAUUUCCGGAACCGAUACGAAACUUGCCGCCGGUGGUACAGCUGGAUUUUGGAAGUCUCGAUCGUAACCUACAGCAAGAGCUGAUCGAUACGGCCGAGCAGGGUUACUCGCCGGAUAAGCUAGAAAAGCGCGAAGUGCUCUGGGAGAAGCGUCACUAUCUGCAUCGAUUCCCGCAUGCUCUGCCGAAGAUAUUGCACGCCGCGCACAGCUGGGACUAUGCCUGUUUGGCGGAUUUGCACGCGCUCAUUAAAUCCUGGACGGUGUUAAGUCCCGUGCAGGCACUCGAGUUGCUAUUACCGCGCUAUCCCGACCUGGAAGUUCGUCGGCAGGCAGUGGAAUGGAUCUCGGCGAUGGCGAAUGACGAAUUCGUUGACUACUUGCCACAGUUGCUGCAGGCGCUCAAGCACGACACGUACGAAGGUUCUCCGCUGGCAAUGUUGCUGUUGCGGAAAUCGCUCGAAUCACCACGGAUCGCCCAUCAUCUGUACUGGUUGCUGCUGCACAGCCUGCCCGGCGAAGCGCCCCAAAACAUGAUCGAUGCCCAGGAGACGGCUUGCGAUGAAGUGCUCAUGAACCAAGCGCGCUACCACAGGCGCAAUCAGCUAAUGCUGCGUGCACUCUUGGCGAUCUGUGGCGAAAAGCUAACGGGCCGGUUCCUCUCGCAGAACAUGAUGUGUAAGAGAUUGGGUGAGGUUGCGCAGAGUGUUAAACUGGCGAAGGAUUCACACCGGCUGCAGGUGUUAAAGCAAGGUCUCGAGUCCGUCAACCAAAUGCUGAUCGACAGUCCGACCGUACUGCCACUCGAACCGGGUGCGGAAGUGACCGGUGUCGUUGUGCGUAGCUGCAACUACUUCAACUCUAACACGCUGCCGCUGAAGAUAAAUUUCGCUGGACCGGAUAAGGUGAUCGUACCGGCCAUCUUUAAGGCGGGUGACGAUCUGCAACAGGAUGCGCUCACCAUCCAGAUGGUGCGCAUCAUGGACAAGAUGUGGCUAAGGGAAGGGCUCGAUCUGAAGAUGGUCACGUUCAACUGUGUACCGACGGCGUACAAGCGCGGCAUGAUUGAGCUGGUGUCCGAUUCGGAAACGCUCCGUAAGAUACAGGUGGAAUGGGGUGUUACCGGGUCGUUCAAGGACAAAUCGAUUGCGGAGUGGCUUGCGAAGCAAAACCCAAGCCAGCUCGAAUAUCAGCGUGCGGUCGAGAACUUUACGCGCUCGUGUGCCGGUUACUCGGUGGCCACCUACAUUCUCGGCAUUUGUGAUAGGCAUAACGAUAACAUUAUGCUAAAAACGUCCGGCCAUCUGUUUCACAUCGAUUUCGGCAAGUUUCUCGGUGAUGCGCAGAUGUUUGGUAACUUUAAACGUGAUCGAACGCCAUUCGUGUUAACGUCCGAUAUGGCGUAUGUGAUAAACGGUGGUGAUCGACCAUCGGCAAAGUUUCACCAGUUCGUCGAUCUAUGCUGUACCGCGUUCAACAUUGUUCGGCGCCACAGUGAUCUGCUGCUGCAUAUGUUCGCCUUGAUGACUACGUCCGGCAUACCGGGCGUAACGGUCGAGGCUGUCAAUUACGUGCGCAACGCUUUACUACCGGGCCAAUCGAAUCCGGAAGCAGCCGCUACGUUUGCGAAGAUGAUACACAUAUCGCUCAAGUCGUGGUUCACACAGUUCAACUUCUUCCUGCACAAUAUCGCACAGAUGAAGUUUUCGGCCGAAACGGGUGAUGGAGAGUUGUUGAGCUUCAUACCACGGGUUUAUACAAUGGCCCAGGACGGACGGUUAAAGACGGUUUACGUACACGGGUUUCAGAAACGGUACGAUCAGGAAAAGUAUUACACCUACAUUCUACGAGUAGAACGACAACAUCAGCCGGAUGCAGCCUAUCUAUUUCGUUCGUACAAGGAAUUUUGCGAAUUCCACCAGAAGCUUUGCAUGCAUUUUCCGCUCGCCAAAUUGCAUAGUCUGCCGUCCGGCAUUCAUGUCGGUCGCUCGAACGUCAAAGUCGUUGCCGAACGUCGUCUUCCAGAGAUUCGCCAGUUUCUCAUCUCGUUGUUUAACUCGGCAGAUGAAAUAGCACAUUCCGAUCUAGUUUACACCUUCUUCCAUCCGCUGUUGCGCGACCAACAGGAAGCUGACAUCAAUUCGGCUAAAGUUAAAGGUAUACCGGCAGCGAUGGAAGACGGUCAACCGCCGCAGGUUGGUGGCAAGAUAAAGAUUUCAAUGCAAUACCACCGGGACACACUGAUCGUGAUGAUUCACCAUGUGCUCUCGCUGCCAAAUACGCCCGGCGGUCAGCCGCCGAACACGUACGUUAAGGUAUACCUUAAGCCGGACAGCUCGAAAGCGACCAAGCGCAAAACCAAAGUGGUGCGGAAGAACUGCAAUCCUAGCUUUAUGGAAACGUUGGAAUACAGGCUCCCGCUCGAGUUUAUCCAGAAGAAGGUGCUACAGGUGACGAUCUGGUCGCAUGAUUCGCUGCAAGAGAAUGCAUUCCUUGGUGGCGUUGAGCUACCGCUUGCCGAAAUAGAUUUACGUCGCGAAACUAUCCAGUGGUACCAGCUGGGUUACCUUACGCGUGUCUAAGAUCGGUCGUCAUCUGUGCGUGUCCAAUUUGAUAUACAAUUUUUUUGUUUGUUUCUGUCGUAUUACUACUGUUGCUGUGCAUUUGUUUAUUGUAAUUGCUCUUAUUUAAAAACAAAUCGAAAAUUUGCUAGUUUGUCACAGUAUACUCAAAAGCCCGGAGGGAGAGAUAAAGGUCUUAAAACAGGUUGUGAACAGAGAUAUGAGGUAGCGGAGCAGCGCUGAAGGAAAAUGAAAUUGUUGAUGUGCGCAUUAAUUAUAUCCCUGUUACUUGUUAGCUGCUUAAUCAAGCGCAUACAUAUUAAAAAUUGCAACCAGGAUAAUCGACUUAUAAACAGGAUAAAUUUGUAGGAGCUAAUCGAAAGAUUUUCCCGCCUUGCCAACGUGACAUGCCUAUUUACAGUUGAUAGUUUUGUGCAGGAAUUGUGUAUUUUAUGCAUUUUUUCUUUCUUCACCAACUGCUUCCGUCACGACCAUUUAAGCUUUUAGAGCCAUCAUACCGAUCCAACUAGCCCGGGAGAUAAAAAGGAUAAUAUUACGUGCA